UAGACUAGGCUACUCAGUAAAAUAAAGAUCAUGAAAAUGUAGAGAGAGUUUUCUGUUGAAUUAUAGCCUACUGUCAACUUGAAAACUUCUAAAAUGGACCCCAAAUUUCAUUUGGAUUUAGACCCAGAAAUUAUAGAACAAUGUGAUGAAAUCAGAGCGAUUGCUUCUAAGAAAUGGACAAAUGCCAGUAGUGUAUCACUAGCUAAAUUAGAUCAGAUCAAAACUAAAGUUUAUACCAUUGGUUUUAAUGAUGCGGGAAGUCUACGGCCACCAUCUUGUUUGAGUAAUCAAAGAGAUAAAGAGAAUAAACCAUUAGUUGAAGAAUUUAAAACUGAACCCCAAUUGUUAACUUUGGAUUACCAGAAAACAGCUUGGGGCAGUAAUUCAUCUAUACCAGAGUUAUUAAAACAACAAUCUAAUAGAACACGUCCUGUAACAUCUAAUACCCAAUCUCGAACCAGACCCUGGAGUGGAAAGAGACCAAGCACAACUUCUGGUGUCACUAAACCAUCAAUAGGACCGUCUAAACCUGAUCUCACAGCUCCUAUAUCAGUAAGGGGAACUAAAUGUGACCCUACAACAGGUAAAGUGUUAACACCACAUAUAGAAGAUGAUUGGUCACAGAAUAAUAGCAAUGGUUUUAGAUCUGAACGUUAUCAAGAUUCUCCCAGAGCACCUGUUCCUUCUCCUGAUAUUAUACAAGAUAAAGUAGAUGGAAGAAGAAGUGGUAGAAGGUCACCAUUAGUGUUACUACGGAAACCAACACCAGAACCACUACAUUUACAACUACCAUCAAUGGGUAGCCUUAGUGAUGAGGAGAAUGAUGAUGAUGAUGACCUAGAUACUGAGAGGUUGUUGGAAAAGGCUACAGUUUUCUCUAGUAAGAGCAACAAUGACUUAUUGAAUGGUUCUUCAGAAUUUCGUUAUUCACAUGACCUUGACAUUGCUGACAGAGAACGAAAACGGUCAGAGGUCAUUGGCAAGGUGACAGAAGCAUUUGGAGAGACUAUGAAUGGAGAAACAGAAAAAAGCCACAAAAGUUCAAAUGUUUUAAUUAGAGAAGACAGAAAUAAAAUAAUUGACAUAUCUCCAAGGCAACCAAAUACAAGGUCAAGGCCAGUAUCAGCUGCUAAGAAGAGGGCUGAUCAAAAAAUUGUACAGAAAGCUAAUUUGAGCAAAACAAAUGGUCAUGGUGUUGAUAGUGAUAGAUCAAGAACUUCUCGACAGUCCUCAUCAGAAAGUGAACAUGUUGACCCAAUAUCUGUCUUGGUCAGAAUUCCUGCAGAACAAAAUGAAGAUUCUGUUCAAAGAGGGAAAUUGUCGUCCAAUAAAUUGCGAGUGGAUUCUGAUUCGUCCAAUGGUAGUGGGACACAGAAACCUGUCUCGCCUAUCACAGUCAUAAAUAUAGGCUCAUGCGAACAGACGGCCAUUCCAGAAUCUAAUCGUGGAUUCAGAUCAGUCUCGCCAAAACGUCUUGCUACUGGACAACGACCUGUGACCCCUGCUGCUACCAUAGUAACAGUUGAUUAUGGUGAUGAUACAAGCAGACCUUGUGAAUUAGCUCCAGCAGAAGAUCUCAGCAAAUAUGACAACUCUGCUAAAAACUACCUUGAUGCAGGUGAUGGCCAUAAAUCGCGACCUGCUUCAUCCCGAUUGAAUCACUACGAGAAGUCCCUGAGAUCCAGCACAAAUGAAAAAGUGUUUAAAACAACGAAGACAUUGGAGUUUGAUCCCACUGGAGCUAAAGAUACAAGCGUGAAGUCAGUUCUAGAUGGAGAAUGUUAUAAACCAACAGAACCUAAAUCUGUAUCAGGAGAACAACUGAAGAAAUUGAAACAAACAAGACCUCCUACAGUUACACGUAAAAGUUGUAAAAUUAAAUCACCUCCACCAACUGGAGAUGAAGUUUCUACUCUGAAUGUGGUGGAAAAUCUGCCCCAUGAUGUCUCUUAUAAGGGUGCAAGUUUUAAAAUCAAUGACCCUAAUUUUGAAAGUAAAAGUUAUUUUGAUCCAUAUAUUGGUGUUAAAUUUCUUAUGUUUAGACAAAAAACAGGAAAUAUAAGAACAGUGCCAAUCAACAUUAAGAUAAAGACUGAAGGUCUAGAAGCUGAGCUGGUUCAACCGAAGAUAUCUUACGCUAGAGCAAAAUCAGCUCCUGUCAGACCUAAAUGGCAUUCAGCAAAGAAGGGAAGAUCUUUAUAUGGAUCAGAAGAAGAAAAACCAAAGAUAACAAAAGAAAAGAAACCAGUGAACCCUGAAGAUAUUUUGAAUAUUGUCUCCAAGAACCCUGAUCUGGAGAAAUUUGAAAGUCAAGAAAAGAGAGAAUGUCAGUAUAUGAAAGAUAAACUAGCUAGAAAUGGUAUCAAUGUUACUACAGCAACAUUAGAAAGAGCUUUAUAUCCUCCUACUGGUAAAACAUUAUAUUAUUAUUUCAGAGCUUUAUAUCCUCCUACUGGUAAAACAUUAUAUUAUUAUUUCAGAGCUUUAUAUCCCCCUACUGGUAAAACAUUAUAUUAUUAUUUCAGAGCUUUAUAUCCUCUUAUUGGUAAAACAUUAUAUUAUUAUUUCAGAGCUUUAUAUCCUCCUACUGAGCUUUAUAUCCUCCUAUUGAGCUUUAUAUCCCCCUACUGUUUACUGAGCCAUCCGAGAGUUUGGAUGCCUGAAAAUUAUAAAAGAUUCAAAGAAGCUGAGAAACAACUUGAACGAGCCAACCAUAUGUUAUGGCUACAGAAACGAGAAGAAGAAAGAGAUGACCCUGGUUUUAAACCAAUCAAGCCAAAACCGAAAUCAUUAUUAACUACGCGAAAAGCAACAAAAUCGGCUAAAAAACGGAAAAAAGUCAAGAAACCAACAUUAAAGAGAAGUCAAAGUUUUGGAUAA